AUGACAUUGCUUAAAAGCUUUACUGGUGUAGCGUCAGUCAUUUCAAGAUUCCUUCUGUCUAAAUCAAAUUGUAACACUUUAAACCGAUGUGUUUCGUCUCAAGUAUUUCCAGUUAAUGAAAGAUGGACUAGGUUCACAAAAGUGGUCCAUCCAGGCAAUGUGCAGAUGUUGAACAUGGUGCAAGGAGGGGAGAUAAUGAAGUUUCUUGAGGCCUCUGCUGACAUUGCUGCCACCAAAUAUUGCAUUAAACAUGGCAUUAAAAGUGCUAUCAACAAGCCACCUCAUCCAGUUUUGGUUGGUGUGGAGAGGAUUGAGAUUACAGGGUCGGCUGUUGUUGGAGAUAUGUUGGAAUUCAUUGGCCAGGUCACCCAUGCAACUUCUAGGUCAUUGAGAAUUUCUGUUGAUGUCACGUGUCACUGCUGGGGUAGUCUUUGUUUAGCCUUCUAA